UCCGUAACCUUCUGUAACCUCGCGGUCGGCUGCUACCCUGUCGUCCAACUAUAAUUGGACCACUGGAACUUCCGUAAGUUAACGGAAGUUUCCAAGAAAUUAUGGGACAGUGUGGUUGGGCCAUAACUUCUGGAAGUUUCCGUAUGUUUCUGUAAGUUUACGCAAAGUUAACGUGAAUCGAGACUCCUCAGACAUGACAUGGUUGGCCAUUAACAAUCUCAAUUCAGAACGGCUAGUUUCCAUUGUUUCUAUGAUGAGUAUAAACAUACCCUUCACCGCUCAAGCAUCCUGCUGCAUCAUGACAGUUUUCUAUUCGGCUGCCUUACGUUCCAGUACAAACAUGCCUGGAAUUCGAGCUGCGAGCGAUGGAGGAGCAAAAAAUGGCAGAGAACUUGAUGUCCCAAUUUCACCACCCAACUCCUUAGGUCUACGGUUUUCUUCCAAGGCUUGGAUUAUCUCUCUGCGUACCUCUGCCAUUGCUGACCACUCACAGUCAUGGAGAUGGUCAGUGUUUGACCAGCUUGUCGAGUGGAGCUGGACUGACGACUGUGAUAUUGAUGUACCAUCAGCUACCCAGAAUAGCAAUUCGACGUCAAGGAUGGACGGUAUCUCGCCUUUGGACACCGAGAAGACCUCGACCUUGACUCUACAUCAGAACUGGAGCGCAAAUACCACAAUGAGAUCUGACAGUAUCUCGCCUCCAAGCACCGCGGCCACUUCAAUAUCGGAUCUACAUCAGAUCCGUAGUGACAAUUUAAUUCCAAGUUCGACAGAUGUACAUCUGUGUCCGACGUCAAGUUCCCACGGCUUGAGCGCCACCACUGGUGAUUGUUGGCCCGCUGGGUCAACCCAUGAAUUGUAUCGCAUAAUUUACCUAUACACUGGCGAGUUCUGCUCAACUGCUUCCGAGCUCUACUCUGGCCUCCAGGCUUCCCCUUUGUUCAGAAAGCACAAGGUCCUCGCAAUCUUCUCUGUUGAUGAGAAUGUAUGGGAAAUUCUCAUGCCUGCUGGAUACGUUCCUGAAUUUUGCAACUGUGUCGCAAAUUUCGGCUUUGCGAUAGAACGAAAUAGCGCCCCAAAGCCAGGGUUCUGUAUGCGGGCUUUAAUUGUCUAGAUGUAUUCGAGGGACGAUUUAGUUGGGCUUAUAGCGUCUUCUUAUAUCAGUUUCCUCAAGCUCCAUUCCUUUCAAGACGUCAUCAGAGAUAUACUACGCACUCGAGUAUUGUUUCCAGAAUCCUUCGUCAUGGCGUUUAGAUCUUAUCGAAGAGUUGGGCUGCGCUAUUCACUAGAGAGAUAGGUUCAGGUUUCAGUUUAUAUAAUUAUACAAUGAAAAUAGUAAACAAAACUGUCGCGUAGAUUGUCGCCGUAAAUGAAGAAGCCAUUCCUGACGAGUGUUUGUGAAGACACUGGAUGGUGCGGUUUGAGGGAUGGCAAAAUUGAUGGGUCCUGACUUAUACUGGCAAACCCCGGCAUGCGGGGAAACCACAAUGCCGACAUUUGGGUAUGGCCCAAUUUCCUUGGCGUGUAAAUUUGUAAGGGGAGGUGAGUUCAGCCCAUAACUGGUACAUU